AUGACCGGCUUCUCUUCUUCUCCAAACGGGGUUGGAGAGCCCAGUGAGCGCGAUGCUCUGAUCAAUGAUAUUCCCCGCAUCAACUCAGGCCUUAGCCAGCAUCGGCGCCACAAACGUGCACGACGCUGGCUGAACGUCCCCGCGCAUGUCGUGCACUUGACCUGGCAGACCCUUGUGCGGGACUACGUCAACGUGCUGCUCGUGUUUGUUCCUCUAGGUAUCAUCUCCGGUGCGCUUCACUGGGACAGCACGGUUGUCUUCUCAUUGAACUUCCUCGCGAUCAUCCCAUUGGCGUCUCUGCUGAGCUUUGCGACUGAGGAACUGGCGGCUACUAUGGGGCAGGCAUUGGGUGGACUAAUGAAUGCUACUUUUGGAAAUGCCGUUGAACUGAUUGUCAGCAUCAUCGCCUUGAAGGACAACCAGAUUCGUGUCGUCCAGGCAAGUAUGCUGGGUAGUAUCCUGUCGAACAUCCUACUUGUGCUCGGAUGCUGUUUCUUCAUUGGCGGGCUCCGGUAUUCCGAGCAGACAUUCAACAGUACUGUCGCGUCCACCAUGUCGUCCAUGAUGACGGUUGCAUCUGCUUCGUUGAUCAUCCCAGCCACUCUCUACGCCUCUCUGUCACCGUCCCACUCCAAAGCUACGACGGAUAAUAAUAUCCUGAUUCUUUCCCACGGUACCGCGAUCAUCCUCCUGGUUCUAUACGUCAUGUACCUGUACUUCCAGCUCAGAUCGCAUGCAGAGAUGUUCGAGGAGGGUCAGGACGGACCCGAUGCAGAGAAUCAGGCGGACCAUGAAGAAGAGGAGCACAUUCUGAGCCCUCUGGCCGCCACCAUUACUCUGGUUAUCGUCACAGUCCUUGUCGCCGUCUGUGCCGACUACCUGGUUGGAAGCAUCGACAGCAUUGUGGAGAAGACGGGCAUGAGCCGGACCUUCAUCGGUCUUAUCUUGAUUCCCAUUGUUGGAAAUGCUGCGGAGCAUGUGACCGCCGUCGUCGUCGCCUGGAAAGGGAAGAUGGAUCUGGCUAUCGGCGUAGCCGUCGGCAGCAGCUUGCAGAUCGCAUUGUUCGUGACACCGUUCCUUGUCAUCAUGGGCUGGAUCCUGAACGUUGAGAUGACUCUCAACUUCCACAUCUUUGAGACCGUCGCCUUCUUCAUCUCCAGCUUGGUUGUGACCUUCCUCAUUCAGGAUGGCAAGUCGAAUUAUCUCGAGGGUGGGCUUUGCUUGGGAAUGUAUCUGAUCCUAGCGCUAGCGUUCUACGUGUACCCUGAUGAUCCCAUUGGCGAUGCUCUUAUUGCCAAUUGA